AUGAAUUUUAUAAAGACAUGUAUGGGUUCAUAUCCCGUCAAAUAUUAUGGAAAAACAUACAAAGUUACGAACACUCUUAAAUUGAAUGGAAUUGGAUUAAAAAAUUCAAGUGAAGAAGAUAUCAAAAAAUUUUUAAGCAAAUUUAAUUUAAGUUGUAUGGUUUAUCUAAUUGAUAAUGAAGAUAUAAUUUAUAUUGAAUUUCAUAGAAAAAAGGAAUGUUCAUAUUUAUUUAACUUAUUAAAUAAUAACCCUCGAAAUUGUGCAAUUCCAUAUAAAUUUGAUAUAAAGGCUGAAUAUUCGAAUAUAAAAUAUGACAUAAAAAAAGAUUCUUCUAAUAUCUAUUCGACAAGAAUUGAAACGUUACUACAAAAUAAUGAUAACAUAUUUAUUUAUAAUGAUGUUUUAGAUCCAAAUAUGUCUAACGAUAUUAUCCAAAAUUAUGAAAAUGAGAAGUGGCUUAAAUAUACGAAGAAUGAUGAAAUAAAUGUUAGUCAUUAUUUUUAUAGAGGAACACCAAAUAAGAUAUACAAAACAUAUUGUAUUCAGGAUUCUUCCUCUUUUUUUUCAUCUGAAUUUUUAUCAAAAAUAAAAAAAUUAUUAGGAGACAAAGAACCAGAUCAAUAUACCAUUCUAAAAUGUCACAAUAAAAAAUCUAUUGAAUAUAUUGUCGAAUCGAGUUAUAUUUUUCAAGACGAAAUUGCAUUUUUGAUUCUCGAGAAUGAUCUUCCUAUGUCUUUUCUUGAUAUAAAAAGUGAAUCUAAAACAAACUUGUUGGUAAAAAAAAACACUUUCAUAAAAAUUAAGGGAAGAUUAAGAUAUGAACUAGUUUAUGGAAUUUCUAAAAAAAAAAAUAUACAACUUGAAGACCAGGCCGUGGAAAGAAAAACGAGCUAUUUAAUAAUUUUCCGAUUUAUAAAUAAAAACAAUAUAGAAGGGAUGUUAGCAAAUAAAACAAGAAAGGAAAUUAUUAAAGAUCCAAAACAAGAAAAUAGUUGUAUAUCUAUCAAUAUAAAUGAAUAUUCUCCAGAACAUUUGGAAAAGGAAUAUGUCCGUGAUGUCUAUAAUCAGAUAGCCCAGCACUUUUGCUACACUAGAUACAAGCCAUGGCACAAUGUAGAAAAUAUUAUUAAUCAAGAAAAAGAAGGAAAUAUAAUUGUGGAUGUUGGAUGUGGAAAUGGAAAAAACCUUAAAGCAUCUUCAAAAUAUUGUUUUAUUGGAUUUGAUUUUAGUUUACAUUUAUUAAAGACAGCUAAAAAAAAACCAAACACAGAUAUAUUUUUAGCAAACUGCAUUAACAUACCAAUGAAAUCAAACAUUGCAGAUCUAUGCAUCUCUAUAGCUGUUAUACAUCACCUUGGGACACAUGAAAGCAGAAGAAAAGCCGUUUCAGAAAUGGUACGAUGUACAAAAGUAGGAGGGAAAAUCUUAAUAUAUGUUUGGGCAUAUGAGCAAAAGGAAAAUGUCGUAGGAAACAGGAAAUUCGACUCACAAGAUAUAUUCGUUCCAUGGUAUUUACAACAACAGCAUAUGCCAGAAACGAAUGUAGAAAACGAUUUGAAUGACAAAAUCGCCUACAGCCCUGCCCCCAAAAAUUUAUUAAAAUUUCAAAGAUAUUAUCACGUAUUUAAAAGAGAAGAAUUAUACGGCUUAUGUACCAGUAUCAAUGGAAUACAUGUUGAAGAUUUUUUUUUUGAUAACAACAAUUGGGCAAUUCUAUUAAAAAAAAUAUAUUAA